CUAUCUUUUGGCGAGCUUGACUGCUGCUUGUCUCAGAACACCAACAAACUCCUUCAUUGUGCGGCGUCGAAUAAUGAUUUGUCACCCACGUAACUAUUUUAAAAAGUCUCAAAUUGGGCAUUACUUUUUUUUUUUUUUAAUUAACAGCAGAAGCAACUACGACUAAUCUUGGAUUCUUUGGUACCCAGACAUUAAACCGUCGUCCAUGGGUGAACUCUCCCAAAUUGAAGUCUGGACAGAACAGAUUCUGAAGAGAUUGUUUUGAGAUUAAAGUGUUAUCCAGCCCCUCCCCGCUGGCAUCUGUCAUUAAUCACCAGCAGAUUUGAGCAGAUUUAGACGGCCUAUGAACACGCUCUCGGGGGGGCGCACGUCAGUGAUCGGGUAGUACACGUUUCGAGUACAAGCACGCAUCGCCGAAGUUGAGCAAACAGCCCUGAGCCAACUGAUAACAGCAUCUUCGUGUGAACAGCUAGCGGCAUCGCGGAUACUUCCCGUGGCGACUGAUGUGCCAAGUGCUAACCUAACCAGAGGAACCGGAUUGAAGACGUUUGACAUUACCCAAGAUGUAUGCCUUUUUUUUUUUUUUAAAUAAAAUUCAGCCCCUGAAGCCAAACUGACUAGACCCACAACAAAAAGGUCUCUCGGCUUGCUUCAAAACACACAGCAAGGUUACGGCGUGAAGAGUGAAGAUCAGCUUGCAGCGUUGGAAGGAUGCUUUUAUGUGGCCUUUGAAUUCACAGCCCCAUUGACAGAAGCGCCGAGACAGCAGAGCGUCCAGCAUGGCGCUUGCUCAGGCUCCGCCCAUCCCCGCUGAACCUCACGACACAGGCCACAACGCACGUUCCCGCAGACGACACCGCUCGGGCCCUUCGCCGCCUGUCAACGUGCCGGCUGCAGCCCCUCUGGAGCUCACGCCCCACGCCUACCAGGAGCGUCGGGUUCGGCGGGGAAAGUCAUUACCGGGCUCAGAGUCUCCUCAGGAGCGCUUUGUCCACAACCGCAGUCCUCCGACGUCCGGCAGGGGGCGGGAGAGGUGGGAUUAUGUUGACGACUGGAACGGCCAACGCAUGGCACCCGCCAGCCCGACGAGAUACCAAGACGAGAUGAACGAAAGCUUGAAUGGGAAUGUCGGGGGACCGCCACCCAGACUCAUACCGGUCUCAGGAAAACUGGAAAAGAACAUGGAGAAAUCAGUGCUGCGGCCCACCGCCUUCAAACCUGUGGUCCCUAAGAGCCGUGGCGCCAUGCAGUACCUGUCCCCGCGACACAGCGCCAACGCACCAGAGAUCCAAAAUGCCCACCGGGAGCUGUCACCCUCCGGCUCGGAGAGACGCAGCUCGUACAGCGCCGGGCGGAGCGGCGGCGGGAGCAGCGGCCACUCUUGCUCACUGUCCGACUCGGGACGCAACUCGCUCUCCAGUCUGGCGGCGGGAGAUACAGUGGCGGGGGGCCACUCAGAAGCGCCCAAAAGCGCCCCCUCUGCGGGCGUCUACGGACACUCGGACAGCGGCCGCUCGUCCUCCAGCAAGAGCACCGGCUCCGGCUCGGUCAGUGGGCGAAGUCAGCCUCUGUCGGACUGCGGGUCCGGCGGGCGCUCGCCGGGAAUGGCGGACAGCUACGAGGGCGUGGUCAGGGACUUGGAGGACAAGCUGAGGGAGCGUGAGGCGGAGCUCCAGCUACUCCGAGACAAUCUGGAUGACAAUGAGGCUGCCAUCUGUCAGGCCUACGAGGAGAAGCACAAGCGUUUUGAGCUGGAGCUAGAGGAGCUGCGGCAGGGCUGCGCCACCAGGAUGCAGGCCACCUCCCACAAAGCCCAGCGAGCCCAACAGGUGCUUCAGAUGCAGGUUCAUCAGCUCCAGCAGGAGAAGAAGAAGCUUCAGGAAGACUUUGCGCACCUCCUCAAGGAACGUGAGCAGCUGGAGGAGCGCUGCACCUCUUACGAACACGACAAGAUUCAGAUGGCUCCGAGACUGGAGGAGACCAAAUGGGAGGUGUGCCAGAAGUCUGGCGAGAUUUCCCUGCUGAAGCAGCAGCUGAAGGAGGCGCAGGUCGAGCUGGCCGGGCGCGUGAGUGAGGCCGGGUCGCUGCGUGGGCAACUGCGGGACGCCCGCGCCGAGCUGAGCAACGCCCAGGCCCUCCUGCAGGAGGCUGGCGUCACCGCCCGCGCCCGCGCCGCCGAGCUGGACGUGUGCGAGAACGAGCUGCAGCGGCGCAAAAGCGAGGCCGAGUUGCUGCGGGAGAAGUCGGCGCGUCUGGAGGACGAGCUGGCGCGCCUGCGGGAGCCGGAUGGAGAGCGGGACGCACUCCGGGAGCUGGUCGAGCGUAUACGUGGAGAGUUGGCUUUGGAAAGGCAGCGGGCCGAGAGGCAGGUGGGCGGUUUCGAGGAGGAGCGGCGGACGUGGCAGGAAGAGAAGGACAAAGUGCUGCGCUACCAGCAGCAGCUGCAGGAGAACUAUGUGACCAUGUACCGACGCAACCGCCAGCUGGAACUCCUCCUGAGGGACCUCAGCCAGGAGCUGGAGAACCGUGACGACGAUGACGGCAGCGGCAAUGAAAUCGUCUUUGAUGAGGUUGCCGCCACUGAAAUUUGAUUUUUUUUUUCACAGGUGGGAGCUUGUCUUGCUUUCCAGACGGCUUGGAAGUAAGAAGUUCAAAAUGUUACUCUGAAAGUAAUGAAUGGUGAGGAUAGCAGCCAGUUUAAAAAAAACAAAUUUACUUCUGUAGUUAAAUCAUCUCAUGUGCUACAGUUCUUGAAUAGAGUAACACGUCAAUAUGGGCAAACUAUGGCUCGGGGACCACAUAUUUUCUUAAAUUUAAUUAAUUUAAAUAAAGUAAGUUUAAAUAAAAAAAA